AUGGAGAAAAAAGAUCAUGAGUUCGCAGCUAAACUCGAGUUGCCCGAGGACUGUGCCUUGGGUAGUGUGACCGACGAUGACAAGAGACUCCUUCGCAAGAUCGAUCGGAAAAUCCUCCCGAUCAUGUUCUUGACCUAUUUUCUGCAGAUGAUUGACAAGAUCUCCAUCAAUUAUGCAAACGUGAUGGGCCUCCAGACCGACUUGGGCAUGCACGGCAAUGACUUUUCCUGGCUAGCAACGGCCUUUUUCAUCGCCUACGCCGUGGCAGAAAUUCCCCAGGGUGCUCUGUUGCAGAGAUUUCCCGUGUCCAAGGUUCUCGGGGCCAAUGUGUUCUGCUGGGGCAUCAUUCUGUGCUGUUCAUCGGCGGUCCAGAACUUUUCUGGCAUGUUGGCACUUCGCAUUCUCCUGGGUCUCAUGGAAGCCGUCAUCGCUCCUUCACUCACAAUGUACACUUCCAUGUGGUACACGAGAGCGGAAUCGACCCCGCGCUAUGGCUUCUGGUACUGCGGACUCGGCGUUGGGCAGAUCAUCGGAGGUCUUAUCUCGUUCGCUGCUCAGCACGCGCCAGCGAGUCUCUCAUUCGGCGGAUGGCGCAUCAUGUUCGUUGUGAUCGGUGCAGUCAACAUCGCAGUCUCAUUUCUCGUUCUUUUCGUUCUUCCGGAAACCCCCACAAAGGCCAAAUUCCUCACCGAGGCUGAGAAACAGCGAGUGUUUGAAAGAUUGAACCAGGAUCAAGCUGGUGUGGGUGAAAAGGUGUUCCGCUGGCGAUCCGUCCUCGAAGCCUUGGCCGACUUGCAGACAUGGCUAUUGGUCUUGCUCACGAUUCUGAUUACCAUUCCCAGUGGUGUCAUUACCACCUUCUCGUCGAUUCUUAUCAAAGGAUUCGGCUAUGAUUCCAAGCAAAGCGCCUUGCUGAAUAUGCCCUCGGGUAUUGUCAGUAUUGUGUCGACCAUGGUCUCCACCUAUGCAAUUGCCAAAGGAUUUUCGCGAUGGCUGGCGAUCGAUCUUCUCUUGCUUCCGACUCUUGCUGGGUCGUGCCUCAUGUCUUUUCUUCCGGCGUCAAACAAGGGAGGUUGUUUGGCAGGGAUUUAUUUAGUCAACACGACGGUCGCUCCCUUAGCAUUGAUCUAUGCGUGGACUGGUGCAAACUUCAAGGGCUACACGAUGAAAGUUUCCGGUGCUGCAAUUAUUUCCGCCGGAUUCAGUAUUGCAAAUAUCAUUGGCCCACAGACGUUCCAAGCGAAAGAUGCUCCUCGAUAUAUCCCUGCCAAAAUUACUCUAGUGGCAGUGAACGCGGCGGCGAUCGUGAUCUCCACUUCUCUGCGACUUAUGUAUGGGAGACGCAAUAAGCGGGCUGAUCAGCUUGGUGUGCCAGCACGUAGUUCCAUGGAGGCAAAAAUGGCCAAUAAAGAUGGUGUGCAGGAUGUUCAUGAUGAUGAAAACUUCCGCUACGUGUAUUAA